UCGAUACUUUUACUCAAAAGGAUCAGCAACAGAAAAACUGUUUUCCUCUUUUUGUGUCUUUGUAUUUUAAGCCUAAAUAUUGUUUUGGUUUUAUUUCUCUGUUGCUUUAUUAAUUUGGGCGUAAUUAUUUAAUUGAAGCUUAUUAUGUCCUCUUCACGUAAAAAAGUUCUUCUCAAAGUAAUUAUCCUUGGUGAUUCUGGUGUGGGUAAAACCUCUUUAAUGAACCAAUAUGUGAACAAAAGAUUCAGUAACCAAUACAAGGCAACCAUCGGAGCAGAUUUUUUGACAAAAGAAUUUGAGAUUGAUAAUCGUCUUGUAACCAUGCAAAUAUGGGACACUGCAGGCCAGGAAAGAUUUCAAUCCCUUGGUGUUGCCUUUUAUCGUGGUGCAGAUUGUUGUGUUCUUGUGUUUGACGUUACAGCGCCCAAUACCUUCAAGUCUUUAGACGCUUGGAGAGAUGAAUUUUUAAUUCAAGCAUCACCCCGUGAUCCUGAAAGUUUCCCCUUUGUUGUUAUUGGGAACAAGAUUGAUUUAGAGAAUCGCGCAGUUACAUCUAAGAGAGCACUUAGCUGGUGCCAGAGUAAAAAUCAAAUUCCCUACUUUGAAACCUCAGCCAAGGAGGCCAUCAAUGUCGAUAAAGCUUUCCAAACAGUUGCCCAAAAUGGUUUAGCUCAAGAAACCGAGAUCGACAUCUUCAACUCAGAAUUCCCGGAAAUCAAGCUUGAUCAAUCAAGACCUCAAAAUGAUUCAUGUAGUUGUUGAAUAUUUCAACAAUUGCAACUCUAAUGUAUUGUCCCUCUUUCAAAAAUGACCAUUAAAAUCACUAUUACUUUACG